CAAGAUCGUGCCACUGCACUCUAGCUUAGGUGACAGAGUGAGACCCUGUCUCUAAAUAAAUAAAUAAAUAAGAGUUCUGACAGAAAUAUGAAUCCAGCGCUGCUACUGCAAGGGAAGACUGGGGGAAGCUGAGAAAGCUUUCACAGAAAAGUGAGGCUUUAAAGGAUGAAUAGGAGCUGGCAGUUAUUAGUUAUCAUAAACAAUGGAAAUAAACAAAUAGAAACUAGCUCUUUAAGAAACAGUCUAUGGGGAGGCCUGGCUACUGGUUAAUCCUAUCUGGUUUGGCUUCUGAAGCCAUCAGUCAGGAUGACAUCACCACUGAUCAGGUUCCUCGGGGCGGUGUGCAUUCGCCAGGUGUAUAAUGAGGAAAAGGAAGUCUCCGGAAACCUCCCCUGGCAUUCCAGGCCAAAGCUAUGCACUGCGCAGAGGCUGGGAAGGCUUUAAUUAAAUUCAACCACUGUGAGAAAUACAUUUAUAGCUUCAGUGUGCCCCAGUGCUGCCCUCUCUGCCAGCAGGACCUGGGCUCGAGGAAGCUGGAAGACGCACCUGUUAGCAUCGCUAAUCCAUUUACUAAUGGACAUCAAGAAAAAUGUUCAUUCCUCCUCAGACCAACUCAGGGGACAUUUCUUAGGGAGUAUGAUGGAAGGUCUGAUCUUCAUGUUGGAAUAACUAACACAAAUGGGGUUGUGUAUAAUUACAGUGCACACGGUGUCCAGCGAGAUGGAGCAGGGUGGGAACAGAGCAUAAGCAUCCCAUUACUGCAGCCCAACAUGUAUGGAAUGAUGGAGCAAUGGGACAAGUACCUGGAAGACUUCUCCACCUCCGGGGCCUGGCUGCCUCACAGGUAUGAAGAAGACCACCACAACUGCUACACUUACACACUCACGUUCAUAAACUGCGUUCUGAUGGCAGAAGGUAGACAGCAACUGGACAAGGGUGAAUUUACGGAGAAGUACGUGGUCCCACGGACAAGGCUGGCAUCCAAGUUCAUCACACUCUACCGGGCGAUACAGGAGCAUGGUUUCUAUGUCACUGACUGUCCCCGGCAGGAGGUGCAACCCCCUGAGGGUGGCGGUUUGUACUGAGAGCUAUGUAAGCGCAGCCUGGACAUUGGGGGUAGGGUGGUUGCUACCUUUAAUCAGUACUAUGGAUUUCUAAAUGCAUUUAACUGUGGUUAAUAAAAAUGUGUAUGGGCCGGGCGUGGUAGCUCACGCCUGUAAUC